GUUGUUAUUUACUCCUGUAGCCUGGCAUCCAGUGAGCUGUAAGGAAACCUCUCAGGAUCCUCUGAGUGACACCAAGACCCAGCAGCUGGCAUGGGCUCCUCAGAGAGGAAAGGCUUCGUUGAGUGUGUGCUUCAGUACCUUGUGGACACGAUGGACACAGAGGCCCUGCAGCUCCUACUGACUAAAGAGGAAGAUUGGAAACAGCUAGUGAAAGAAGCUGGUUUGUCCAGGGAAGAGGAAGCUUCCUUGCAUGAAGCUCUUGCUGAGGUCAUUCCAGAUCCGGAUGUAGAAGAUGAAGACGCGCUCCAAAAUGACCGGCAAGAGAGGAAAAGUUUUUUAGAUGCCUGUCCUCAAGUGAAACUGGAGCGCAAGGAGCGCAUCAGGAAGCUCCACGCCCUUGCAGACAAGAUUGACAAGGUGCACAGGGACUACACCAUCACACAAGUGGUGGCCAGCUCCACCAGUGCUGCGUCUGGGGUCCUGACAAUUCUUGGUCUCGCUCUGGCUCCUGUGAUGGCAGAAUUCAGUCUGGGACUUUCAGCCACAGCCUUGGGGCUUGGAGCAGCAGCAGCUGUGACAAGUGUUUCCGCAACCAUUGUGGAGAAGGUAAGCAUGGUGUCGGCAGAAGCUGAAGCCAGUGAGCUUCUGUCAAUCAGCAAUGACACAGUGAAGGCAAUUAAAGAAGUUGUGGAGAAGAGCACCCCCAGGCUUAUUUCUGUAUCUAAGAAUUCCUUCCAGAACCUGGAAGUCAUAAAGAAGAGCAUUGAUGCCAUCAAGCUAACCAAAGCCAAACCUCGCCUAGCAAUUAAUGCCAAGUAUCUCAUAAAUACAGGGAGGGUGUCAACCCAGAGCACUAAACAGGUGGAGAAAACCUUUGGAAGCACUGCUCUGGCAAUGAUCAAAGGAGCCUGGAUCAUGGGGGUAGCGACUGCAGGUUUCUUCCUUGCACUAGAUAUGGUCAGUAUCAUAAUAGACUCAACGCAUUUACAGGAGGGUGCAAAGGCAGAGUCUGCUGCAAAGCUGCAGCAGCAGGCUCAGGAACUGGAACAGAAGUUGCAGGAGCUUAUCUGGGUUCAUUAUAGCCUGACUCAGUGACCUUUUUC